GUGAGUGGACGUGUGUGUGGAUAGGAGUAUAUUGUGCCUUCACUCUGAUGCCCAGCUAGAGGCAUGCCAGAUGAUCAGGGAGGAAUAAAUGCCCCCUGAGACUAAACCACGUGACGACCAUUGUCACGUGACGUAGGCACCAGAUGGCAUGGGUACCAGCUUUGGCGGUUGGCAUCAGUGUCAUUUCUCCACGAGAGAAAGCGAGCCGCGGAAAACACGCCGAGGAUUGGUGAACUGCUCAAGGUGCAAGGGAGCCGUCCGGAGCUAAACGAGAUCAAGAAAACUUUUAAGGACAAUUAAGACAAUGAAUGAUUUUAAUUAACUCCCAAAACACAGCAAGGACGAUGUUGACACUACCGUUUGAGGAGCCCGUGAUGAUGGAGUCUCAGUUCGUGGCAAACUUUUCUCGGGACUGCGAUGGCAAUAUGAAGGUCAACAAACCAGAGCUCUUUAAAAAAGAUGACAGCAUCUCGCAGACCGAUACCAGAGGGCCGGAGGACGAAGAAUCGGAGAGGGACGACGAUGAGCGCGAGGAGGGUCAAGAUGAGAGCGGCUUGUCCCGGAGACGCGGGCCGCGGAAAAAGAAGAUGACCAAAGCGCGCUAUGACAGGGUGAAACUGCGCCGCAUGGAAGCCAAUGCCCGGGAGCGGAGCAGGAUGCAUGGUCUAAACUAUGCGCUAGACGGCCUGCGGAAGGUGGUGCCUUGCUACUCAAAAACUCAGAAACUCUCCAAGAUAGAGACCUUGCGUUUAGCCAAAAACUACAUCUGGGCUUUGUCUGAGAUCCUAAGCACUGGCAAGCGACCUGACCUUUUGACCUUUGUUCAGACACUGUGCAAAGGUCUGUCGCAGCCCACCACAAACCUAGUGGCGGGUUGUCUUCAGCUGAACGCCAGGAAUUUCAUUACUGAUCACAACGGGGAAGCGUCCUUGUCUGGCAGGUCUCCAUAUGACUCCAUGUACCCACCUUACCACAGUCCCGAUGUCGUUGCGGCCUCCGGCCACGGCAGCAGCACGGUGGACGGCAUGAAACCCUUUCGGCCCUACAGUUAUAGCAAUGCCUAUGAACCGUUCUAUGAGAGCACCUCCCCAGAAUGUGCCAGUCCCCAAUUCGAUGGUCCACUGAGUCCUCCUAUUAACUUUAAUGGGAUUUUCUCCCUUAAGCAGGAAGACCCGGCUGAUUAUGGUAAGAGCUGCCAUUACGGAAUGCGUUACUCGGUGCCAGCCCGCGCUACCUCCGGCCAGAAUGCGUUGUCAAGAGGCUCCUCUGACAUGCAUUUCCCCUAUGACAUUCAUCUCCGCGGCCAGUUUUAUCCUGUGCAAGAUGAAUUAAACACGACUUUUCAUAAUUAAUGAGAGAAAGUCAAAUGUGAGCGUCCCUUUUUGCCGGGUAAUUAGCCUACUGAAAACAAAAGACUUAACACAAAUGUAUUAUUUACAGCAUUCUGCUUUUUAGAUGGGGGUUUGGUUGUUGGCCAUCUGAUGAUUUAUUAUUAAUUCAUAUUAAUUGAAUGGAAACAGAGUUUGUCGUGGAAUCUUUUGUAGAAAAACAGUAAAUCGCUUUUGUUUGCGAACUGAAAAUUAACCAAUCAAUUUGUCUGUGUGUAAUACUGUUAUAAGGACUUAUCGCUUGCCGUUUCAACACAGAGAACCACAAAGUACGUGUUGUGUAAAAUCACUUUGUAUAAAAUGUGUACAAUGCAUUAUCAACGAAUUUCUGUAUUGCGACAAUGUGUUUUACAGUCGAAAGCAAUCAUAAUGUUAUCCAGUUCAUAUUUUUUCUCCUUGGAAAUGUUAUAUACACAAGUAAAUAAGGCAGCAAUAAAAGCUAGAGGAGCUAUGCAAUUAAGAUUAGCCUCUUGCCACACCGAACAAUCAAAUUGUAAGAAUUCUCAAGUUAGCUAUAAUAGGCUUGAGUACUUGGCUGACUGUCUUAAUUGAUUUGAACCUAUGUUUAAAAGUGUCAAAACUAAAUUACAUGUGAAGUGAACAGGAACUUUAGAUGAACAUUUGUUUGUUGAGUAUUUAUAAAUAAUUCACUCAAUGUAUUUGCCUAUUUAUUUAUUUAUUUAUUUAUUGAGGCUAUUUGAAAGCUAACUUCAUGUUAAUGUUUGCGUGCUCUCUGGAUCCCUGGGUCUUUUCAGAUGGAGCUGUACAACUGUGUAACUGAACGAAUGAAUAAUAAGAAUGCAUUGUUAUGGAAAUACUAUAUGUACAUUUACGAAUAGGUCAAUAUGUUUCAAUAUAUCAUUAAAAUAACUUUAAUUGUGAAGCCCACUAACCUAUUUGCCUACUAAAAGAAGAUUGACUUGGAAACUUGCUAUGUUGUGUUAUUUUGAAAACAAUACCAUAUAUAACUUAUCUAAAUGAAAUGUGAUAUGAAAAGUUUUGAUAACGCCCCGUGUUAUGUCAAUGCAACGAUCAACAUGUGCAAUCAAUAUGGAAACAGAUCUAUCAUAUUAUGUAAAAUGAUUUGCUCGGAGGCUUGUACAAAUGCCUUGCUUUGCAGCUAUACUUGAUUUUGUUUUUCCUUUUGAAAUUAUGUGCAGAGGUUUCCCAACGGCUACAUUUAUGUUGAGGCAAGAGCACUCCGUCUAAAAUACAUUUUCAAUGCAGCAGUUAUAUACACCACUGUCUUACCAUGUUAUACCAUAUAUAUUAUUUGCCUUAAAUUAUGGGGCAACCAUCAGAUAUGCAAUGUUAUGGAUGUCAACAAUGGUGGAUUCGUGAAACAUUCUGUAUCCUUCUUCUAUAAUGUUAUGAUGAAGUGUUUUCACUUGAGAAUAAUUGAAAAGUGCACCAAACUGGUUUUGUGCAGAUUUGUGCACCGUAAUUAAGUUGUUUUG